AUGGUGAUGGUGGUGGGGGUGAUUUAUAGCAGUAAGGAGGUGGUGGUGAAGGCGACGGUGGACGUGGUGAUUUAUAAUGGUAUGGUGGUGGUGGUGGUGGUGGUGGUUGUGGUGGUGGUGGGGAGUUGUAAUGGUAGAGAGGUGGAGGGGAGGGAGAUGGUGGGGGUGGUGAUUUAUACUGGUAGGGUGGGGGUGGAGAUGGCGAUGGUGGAGGUGGAGAUUUGUAAUGAUAAGGUGGUGACUUGUAGUAGUAUGGUGGUGGAGGAGAAGAAUGGAACCAAGGCGACGAGGCAGGCCGCACGGACGAUUGGGAGGAUUUUAUGGGACUAUUGUGCUGCAUCCGGGCAACGAGUAAAUUUGGCCAAGUCGGCAAUGUGCUCCAACCCGAAGACCAAGGCACAGGUGCAGGCAAAUAUCAUGGACAUAUUGGGGAUUGGCAAGCAGGAGGGUGUCUUGAAGUAUUUGGGAAUCUCGAUUCCAGGACGGUUUUUAUGUAGUUCAGAUUGCUCUUACAUGGAACUUAGUAUCAACCACAGACUUGAAGGGUGGCAGAUGCAAGCCCUUUCUAUGAUGGGUAGGAUCACGCUGGUGCGCUCAGUGCUCAGCUUGAUCCCGAUCCACUUGAUGUCCAAUUCUAUCAUUCCUAUGAGACCGCUGAGGACCAUGGAGCAGAUGUUCAGAGAGUUUAUAUGGGGGAGAGGAGAUGGCAGGGGUGGUGUUCACCUGGUAGCCUGGGAGGUGCUAUGUCAGCCGAUUAGGACUGGUGGUCUGGAGUACCAUCACUGGUGGCGAGACGAGAGGCCCUUGAGGCGAGGAAUACAGCCAGGUUCAUUCAGGAGCCUAACAAUAUGUGGGCCUCUUUGCUAA